AAAGGCCUUUUCAAAAUUCAUUUCAUGAACGGGUAUAGUGAUAGACGGUUCUGAGGCCACUGAACUGAAAUUAAUAUAUGACAGCUGAACUGAUUUGAAGCUCCUUUUUCACCGAAAUACAUCUUGGAAGAGACACGUUGGGAAAGAACAAUCCAGGAUGCAGAUUUUCGUGAAGACCCUUACGGGCAAGACCAUCACCCUUGAGGUCGAGCCAUCCGACACCAUUGAAAAUGUCAAGGCCAAGAUCCAGGACAAGGAAGGAAUUCCCCCAGAUCAACAACGUUUAAUCUUCGCCGGAAAGCAGCUGGAAGAUGGCCGCACCCUGUCAGACUACAACAUCCAGAAGGAGUCUACCCUCCAUCUGGUGCUGCGUCUCCGUGGUGGUAUCAUUGAGCCAUCUCUGCGUAUCCUGGCCCAGAAGUACAACUGCGACAAAAUGAUCUGCCGCAAGUGUUACGCCCGUCUGCACCCGAGGGCCACUAACUGCCGGAAGAAGAAGUGUGGCCACACCAACAAUCUGCGCCCAAAGAAGAAGCUGAAGUAAUCUAUUCGUUCGGUUCUUGGAGGUGUCUCGCUUCAAUUUGCUGAUUCUUUGUUCCGUGUUCAGAAGAUACGGUGUGUUUGUGAUCAAGUGAAUUGAAGUCGCAUUGGAUUAAAAUUAAAUAAAAGUUGAUCAACACGGAAUGAAUAA